AUGUCUGGUCGUUUCGUAGCUCACUGUUAUCUGUUUGCGUGCGGCUUACGUCAUUGUUUAGUUAUAACCGACCUGAAACAGGUGCCAUUAUGAAAAUGUAAAUUAAAGGAUGUGUUUUUGUGUGUGUGUGUGUGUUUGUGUGUGACUGUAAUUGUUUAAGCUUUUGCGUGGAAAGUCGCAGAGUUUUAAUGUAGAAGUAAUUGCAAAUACUCGUUCAAGUACUUGCGAGUUUGUGUUUGAGUUCCUAACUUGGUGCGCUUUUCAAAUUGAUUGCUUCUCGCGUUCGCUGAUCCAGAUUUUAACUUUGAAUUUAAAGUGCAUUUUAAUUAAUGUUUUUAUUCUUUUUCCUAGCCUUUCAAAUUUGGCCGUGGAAAUGGGAGAUGUUCGAGAUCUAAGUUGGUCCUUCAAGGCAUACACAAUCCCUCGUAAAGAAAGAAGGCCUUCAGAAGGUAAAAAAGUUCCAUGUCAAUUUUGAUGCGUUUUCUGUUAAAGUCGAUGCUGUAUUUUUCCCGUUCUGAAGUUUAUUGUACCUAAAUUGAGAAUUCAAUUUUCGAGGUUGCUAUCGCAUUCCCGUGGGGUUUUUCAGACACAAAAUACUUACCAUGAACAUAUCAGUGUACACUUUAGUAUCUUAUCAUAAACAAAGAUGUCCUCGAAAAUAUGAAGAAAUUAGAGCAAAUUUACCGAUCAUUAACUUAACUGAGUUAAACAUUUUGGUCUCGUAACGAUUGUUGUUUUACUAUUUUCAAUAUCUUAGAGAUGAUAUCUGAAAAAUAGCUGUGUGAUAUUUCGUCCUUUUGUUGUUCUUGUUGUUGUUCUUGUUGUUAAUCGCAAAACAGUAUCCCUCAGAAAUAUGAAAAUGUACGUGCCCCCUAAGUACCAUAUAUAUAGUCGAAAUUGAACGUCAGGAAAAUCAAACAUUUUUAUGGAAUAUGGUUGAAAGUGAAAAUGUCAUUUAAUUAAGUGAGAAAGAAGUUGAUAUGGUAAGUUUAAAACCGACAGUUAAACGUCGAUGUGACUUCAAAUUGCUGGUUUUGUUUACAAAACAGUUCCAUUAUUACACCUUCAAUUUUCUUACGGAAACAUUUAGAGGUGGUUGUUGUUAUUUAGUUGUUCCCUCAUCAAGUUCCUUUUUUAUUGAUAAUUUUUUUGCUUAGCUUUUGGAUAUUCUUGAAGACAAAGCUCUGAUUAACCUUCUAACUCGUAUUGAUGUCGCUGAAAAUAUUUCGGUUUAUGUGAAUAUGAACUCGGUAAUAUUCAAUUUGAAUUCUGCCAAUUCAUCUGGUGUACACUUUCAAUUUCUAGCUCGGUCCAUUAGCCAAAUAUCUAAAAAAAAAAAGUUAAACACCCACGCUGAUCAGUUAUUUAAAUGUGUGAUUAACCAGUGAAGUUCCUAAACACGGAACUUCUUAAAUAGCCAUUAGCAGCGCUCGCAGUUAUGUCAACCCUGUUCCUAGUUCAGAUCAGAAAACAAUUCUAUGUUCAUGUAAAUUUAUUCCAGAGAGAACUAGCGAAAAAUGAUGUUUACGUUUCCCGAGGAAGCAUGUUCCUCUGCAGAAUUAAUACGCCAAUGAAAUUUUUAUUGAUUAGUUUGUUUCGUUUUUGUUAAUAAAAAGGAGAUGAAUUGAUGAACGAAUAAACAUUGAAAAAAUAAGGGGCUUUCGACUUUGUUUUAGUGACUUUGCGUAAAAGAGUUGUUAGUAAACUGCUGUAUGGAAAACCUUGCAAAAAUAACCAUGAAAUGAUUUUUAAGACGACGUCUUGAGUAAUCGCUAGCCGCCACUAGUUUUGACAACAAAAACCUUCACUUAGCUCACGUGUUUGCGAUUUAAGUGGAGAAAAGUUGAACCAAAAUUGAUUUCGGCUAAUGAAGAUUAGUUUAUCUCGGUUUUCUUUCCCUUUACGGUUGGAAUUAAAUGGGAUUUAAGAGGGAUUUAAAAAUUGUGCCUCACAGGUGAAGAAGUUCUAACACGAAAAAUGGUCGAAGUUAAUGAAUUAACAUAGACUGCAUUUUUUCAUGUAAGCAUUAAAGAAACUAGCAGUUAGGUAUUUUCGUUUGCAAUUGUAGAGAUAUGCCAUUCUGUACAAACAUUAGCUUAGAUACAGGCCGGCCACUUUCGUGGAUAACAACCGCUUUCUCUCGUGCACGCAUCCCGAAGAAUUUCGUUUGUACACACAAACAUGGUACAACACACCAAGUUUUCAGUAAAAUAACCCAUUUUUAAGAGUAGACGUCUUUUCACAUAUUUUUCAGUUACUAUUGAGAACGAUAAGUGUGCUAAAAUCGGUUUUUAAGGAAACACACAAGUAAAAUUUCUUGUGUGUACGAAAAGCAUACAAAAUUAGUUCGUGUGUACCCGUACACUGCUUUCUUUGUUAAGAUCCGAAUCGCGUGUCCUCUACUGUUAAGCAGCGUCACCUUCUCUGAUUCAAUUCCAUUUUAAAGAAUGUAAUUUUACAACCUGGACCAAAUGGCUCUACUCCCAAAGCUUAUCAUGGUUUCAAUCGAGUGAAGGAAUAUCGGAAUAUUUCUUUAUUUUCCCUCUCAGGGAAGGCAGGAAGGGAUAAAGCCUUCCUUUCGGGGAUAGUUAUUAGCAAGUUUCCGCUUGAUGCGAGAGAUAUAUGGAUCAAAUAUGCACGAAAUUUUUUUUCUUUCAUUAAAUACCAGCGAAUGUACACAAACCCGUAGAGCGAGUGAAUUCAGAAAUGUUUGAAAAAUUUCGGGUGCUUAUCUACUCCAAAUUGGACGAGAAAUAUAAUGUGAUUAACCUGGUGUUCUCACCGAGCCAAUGAAGGGUCAGAACUAAGAUUGGAAAAAGCUCUAUAAGCAAACAAUCUGUCUAGUGCUCUAAUAAGACGGCGAUCACGUCGUGAUUGGCUUUAUUUCUCUAUUUGAUUCAUGGAGAUGUUUGGCGGAGUUAUUUGGGAAAAUAAAAGAGAGAAAUGAAGUAAAACCAUUUCAAUUCCGUAUUGCUUUCGACAAUCAAAUUAAAUCAAACCCAAAUUGAACUUUACUUAAUUCUGUUACAGAUUGUCAGUACGUUUUACCAGUGAACUCACGAGAAGCAAAAGAAAUUGAGCAAAGCGUCAAGCGGCUAACAUGGGACACCAACGACCUCAUCGAUCGAGCUGUUAGCAUCUCUUACAUAAAAAAGGUGGAAAAUCAAGGCUUAGAGCGAGAGUAUCACGAGAAAAGAGCGUCAAUGCGGGAUGAGGGAAGAUCACCCAAAGAGCUCACACAACAAUUAGCGUUUUGUGUUGAGAAAGAAGAUAGUCGUGUGAAGGAGAUUUGUCGGGUAGGUUUGGUUUGCGAUGGUGUGGAUCACUCCCUUGGCGAUGGACACAUGGGUGUGACCGUGUGGAGGUAUCCGGAUUUGUGUCUCAGAGCGUUCAGUUGGCCCACGUCUGGAACUGCGUACCUAAUGGUAUUUAAGGUAGGUGUGUACUUAAUCAUCUAAGGAGUGGAACGCGAAAAUCCAGCAAAAAUCUGAAGUGCAGAAGAGUGAAACCAGAAAUAGGAGAUAUUGUUUCCUUUCUUUAGGCAAGAUAAGUGUAUCAGGCCUUUUUGUCCCUUGCCAAUGAUUUUCAGUCAAAAGAGAAGACGAAGGAGAAAUUCUCUGCACGUUCUGCCUUCUCUAAAGAACUCUUGAGGAAUUUUUGAGGGUGAAAGAAAAUGCAGAAUCUGAUAUAUUCUGUUCACUUAGCCUCUAAGCGUGCAAACUGAAUAUAUGUUUGACUCCAUGGUCAACUCAUAAUUAUCCUAUUUUCAUCUCGUUAACAAUUAGAGAAGCCUUGACUGUGCUCUGUUCUGUUAUAAAGCACGAAGGAAGCGGCUAGAGCACGAAAGAAUAAAUAAAUCGAUUUAUUUUACAAUAAAGAAUCCGUUGAAUUCCCCAAGCAUCACUUUAAAUUUUCAAAACAAACUUUAUUUCCAAAGCGAACAACAAAGUCGUCAGCAUGCUCCAUACUCUCAUAAAGCACGCUACAAUAAGCUAAUCAGAAUCCCUGUUAGAAUGGUUCAAAAAAUCUGAUUGGCUGUACAAGACUAAAGCUUUCAAAAAUGUCAAACCAUCAAAGUUCACAUUCUGCGAUAGUUUACAAACCAAAAUAGUGCAGCAGGUCGAAUCUAAUACUUUUGAUUGAAGUUUUUAAGUCUCUAAUACAGAGUCUUAAAGUGAAAUGUUCUGUGAACUUUAGCCGAAUUAAGGCUUAUAAAAACACGCGAGUUUUUCCACAUGACAAGGUAGAAAACAAACUGUUCAAGGCGAGUGUUUUAUGAAUGAACGACAGCCGAAUUCGUCGGAACAUGAAGAUCGCUCGGGAUGACAGCGCCGCAAAACUCGGCUGCAGUGACUGAUGUGGCUUUCCACUCAACGCAUCGGAAAGGAUAUCAGAACAAGCUCUUAUUUUUUCACGCGGACACUGAAGUUUCUGAGGCUUGCUUCACUGCGAUGACCGGAGCUCGCCAGGAUGAGCGAGCCGCGAUGAACCUUAGCAUGAUCAUAUUCGCUCAGACACCGUCAUGAUUUGUAUGAAUUUUAACAGUUAUGCUAGUUUAGUUAUAUUUGUCAUCAUUCCUGUUUUGUUCUGUUUCGUUUUUGAACACAAAACUUUAUAUACUAUACGGGUGUUAGCUGUGUCUGAUUUUUAUUUCCGAAUGUAAGCUUGCAAUCUAACUGAGCGUGAAAACCUCUAAAACUCGGCGUGUUUAUUUUGUUUUCCCUUUGAGGAUUUUCGCCUCUGCUCACGUUUUAGUAACGUAAAUUACGGCGCCUGGUAUGUUAACCUUUGUUGGUUCUUCUGUUGCUACUUGCCGACUCCCUUGUUCCGAAAGUUCACUUUCAAUUAUUGAAAAAAAGCUAGAAAGAAGUCCCGGAAAAGGUCGAACAGUACAAUUUGGCAGAUGGCGUGACAGCUUUAGCUCAGCUCUAUGCUCUAUUUUCUCAUAGAGCACGCUCUUCCAACCAAUGACAGCGCGCGUUAUACCCGAACUUUAUUAUAAACAUAUUUAGACUUUCUAAGAACAUCUUCACGCCAGCAUUUCGGCAACAUUCUUUUAAUAUUACCACCGCUGUUAGAUGGAGCGAGGUAGUGACUGUAACGAUAUUGAUGACGACGAUGACAACUGUUGCGAUGAAAAUAACACUGAUGAUUACGAAUUUGUUCAUGAUGAAGAUAUUUUUUUUGGCAACGACAUAGGUUACGAGAUCAUAGCUUCCAAGAAAUUACUGUUAUAGAAACGGAUCUCCUAAACACUAUCUAUGUUACACCCUUGCUCUUGCUGAAUUUGUCUUGGUCGUUUUAACACAAGUGUAUGGUGACCUUUACGUUCAGGAAAAUUGUCAUUGUAACGGCGAUGGUGGUUAAAGUACUAAAUUAAACUCUUCAUUUCCUUCCACUACAGAUUGUAAAGGGCCGCGCGAAGUUCGUAUCGCCAAAGUUAUCGCCUGUAGGUGAUACAGUGGAACCAAGUCCGAACUAUGACUGCCACGUGUCAAGAAACACGACUUGUCCCUCCGUUACAGACUUGACCACACUCAUGCGAAGCACUCAGGUAUUUUAGCCUUUGCACACUACCGACACAAAAUUUAUAGUCAGAGAUGAACAAUUUUGGUGGAUAGAAAUUUUAAUGCUGAUUACAAAAAUGAGUCGAGUGCAUGUUUAAGUAUGUAGAACUGGGAACUGCUUAACAGACACUGUUUAAAGGGAAACUCGCGUCUGUGUCACCCCGUUACUCUUCCCCAUGCUUUCUUGAUGAAGAUCUCUGUUUGACUUCGUAUGUAAACAAAAGCUGCGCAUCAUCUCUUGCUUUUCAAUUCCGCUGAAAUAAAGAUUGCAUUAUCCUCAUUAAAAAUCGUAUUAAAGGUGCUGUUUGGAUUUCGCUUUACUUCAUUCCGCAGCUGGACGCGAAAACUCUUGCUAUCUUCUCGCGGUUUUCAGCCAAUUCGCUUGUCUUUGAUUCGGGUCAUUAUGUGCUCCUUGUAUCAUUUCUUUCUUUCUCAUCAUUAUUCCUCGAGGUAACUUUGGUAUUGGUUUCACAAAGUUCAAUCGAAAUACGCUCCUAUGUCGAUAUCACAUUUCUAUUUGUAGUAUUACCUCUAUGAAUACGAUGACGAAGGACUACCAUCAAGGCGCCCGCGACACUGCCUCCCGUUUGCCGUUAUCGCUCUUCAGAGAAGCGAAGACAUGAGCAGUCCAUUAAAACCACCUGUCUCUUUAGAGAAUUUAGCGAGUGCUGUUAAGGAUUCUAUAAUACCGAUUGAGGUAAGGACGCUGAGUUCCCGUUUUGUUAUUCCUUAAUGAAGGUUUGAGGCUGGUGUUUUUGGUUCAUAUAUUUUUGUUCAUUUUGUUUUAAGUGCUUUUGUUUAUUUGUUUUAUUAUCGUCUUGUUCUGUUGAUGUGUUUGCCAAGGUCUACAUACUUGAUCGUCAAAACAUCACAUUUAUUUUCUGUCUUCUUUUUUACCCUAAGUGUAGUAGUAAAUUUAGUUGAUAUUUCUGUAGAUUAUUAACAGUAUUUUUUCACCAUAGGAUAUCUACACUCCGUUUUUUAAAGAGGAAGACGGCAUUCUAGCGUGGAGAGGCCUUGUUACAUGUAAAGACAAGAGACUUGGAUGCGUAUCACUGCUAGCAGGACAUAAAUUGGGAUUCAACUUUUGGUGAGUUUACCCGGCAGCCUCGAGAAAUGAUUAAUUCACGCAAGUUUUCCUCUUUUUUUCCACUUCUCUUUUUUCUGUCUUUCUUGUUGUUUUUUAGUCACUUCAUUUGUCAUGAUUGAUACAUGACGUCCAGCGGUUCAGCUCGCUUUUUUUUGUUUUGUUUGUUUGUUUAGCCGGGGGUUUUGUGUCAUUGUUUUAUUGCGUUUUGUUUAUAAUUUUAGUAUAUCGCUGUCUCUCUUUUGUUUUGUUUUGUUUUGUUUUGUUUUGUUUUUUGUUUUGUUUUGUUUUGUUUCUUCUUUUGACAUGAUCGACCUUCUCAACUCAAACGCCUACCAUGAUUAUGAGCGCCCUCUAUACAUUUUUCCACGGUUUUUUCGUGGUGUUCUCGCUUCAAGGCUUGUUUAAAGUCGCUUACACUGCAUUUAUUAAAGCGCUACCUUUUCCUUCGCAGGAAAUCGUAUCUGGAUGUCUCCUCAAAAAUUCCUUUAAAACAGUUAGGUGCGUUGCUGCCAGGGGACGUGAGAAGCGCAUGGAAAUUGCCCCGUAAGUUUUUAAAUUAUUAAAAACCUGUGCUUAGUUCCUAGCCUCUCUGGCGUGGGGUUAAUUAAAGCUAUAUCACGGUAUUUCAAUUUAUCUUGUUUGUAUUUGUUGUAUCAGAGUUCUAUGGCCCUGGCCGCAUAAGAAAUCAGUGACACCUGUAAAGUAUAAAAAAUGUAUUUGACUAGAGAAAUAAGUGUAGGGUGUAUAUGAAAUUAAGAAACAACAAGAACUUAAGGAAGGCCACCCAUCGUUAAAAGAGCUUACUAGCACUUACAAUACAUCACACGAGGAAGUCAAGCAUCAUGUUAAAGGUUAUAUGACCUUGGUCACGCACAGCGCUGCAAAGUGCAUUUGGUUUAGAAAAAACGCAGAAUGGAGUUUGUUGGGCUCCAGAUCAAAAUAUCCUGGCCUAACCAAGUUUUGUUUUAGGGCAAGACACUUGCAACCCUUUACCUCUGAUAGAAUAUCUUUAAGUCUAGAUGAAUUCUCCUUCUCUAGAUGUAGUGCAUGAUCAGUUAUUUGCCUGGAUUCACGGUUAUUAUGUUAAACUGCACUACCUACCGCAUAAUUAUCCUAUUAUAAUGUUUAAGAUUUUGUACUGAUCAAAAUGAGAAGUGUGGUCAACAUUAACCACAUUUCCCAUGUUGAUUUGCACAAAAUCUUCAUAGUUGAUUACAGGAACUAUGUGCUCAGUCUUUGCACGAUGAAGGUGGCAUCUAGACAACAAGAUGAAACAUUCACCAGCUUCACAAGACACCUGGCCAUUAAAGCCAAGGCGGUGAGUUUUCUUGUUAGAUAGAAGUAAAAUAUUUGUUCCCUUGUCAGAAGUAAGAUAUCUGCCUUCAGAUAAGGCGUCACGGAUACUAACGUUUACGUCGUCUCAACCUAAAAGUGAAAAGCUAAAAGUCAGCGGUGAUAUCUAUUCAGUAGUUUACGUUUCGCUAGUUUUAGUUAGGAUUUGCACCCCACCGAACGAGUUUUUAGUUUUCAUGGGACGAUCAUUAUUCACCGAUAAAAAUCCAUGUCUUCGAACUACAUUUUGAUUUAUUGUCCUAUUAACCAAGAGGUGGAUUUUCACAUGUUCAAUUUUUUUUCCAUAAGCGGUUAAAUGCAGUUCAAAUUAUGUUAUUUUUGGCGUCUGGCAAACAGAUCCUAUUCUACGGCGAUAACCUCACUUUUUCCCCAACAGGCUGGCGUUUUGUGCAUUGAUCCUUUCACUACAAUGUUCCUCGUUCCAUCGGGAAAACUAGCUGUACGUCUUGGUAAGAGUUUCCUUGCAGUUAGAUGUUAGCUUGUGAUCUUUCCUCCACUUUGCCUCUCUAGGGCACCUCUCUUAUGAUGCCUGGCAAAAGAUUUGCGUGGUGGUGCUUACCCACAAAUCAUGAAAUACUUCUAUAUACUCGCACGUUUCACCCUUACAACCACGCGUUAAAUCUAUCAUUCUUAAAGAUUUAAAAUUACUUCAAAACGAUUCAGAGAUUGGUACUAUCUUUUCGCAACAUCCACUUAUUUCUUUCAAACGCGACAAAAAUAUGGGCAUCUCUUUGGCCAGGAGUUCAUUGCAAACUAAUGACCAACCUGGAAUUUUCAAAUGCGCUCGCUCACGUAGCAAAACCUGUCCUUUCAUUUAUAACGUAGAGAAAAUGUGGGGACCCAAGAGAUUUAUUAAGAUUACUGAUCACUUCACGUGCAACACUGCCAAUGUCAUUUAUUGGAUAUAUACCUUGCACUUAUUGCAAAAAGUUAUACAUUGGUGAAACAGGAAGACGACUGGGCGACCAAUUCCGAGAACACCUUCGUAGAAAGAAAUGUCAACGACUUAUCCAAACUAGUUACUAGACAAUUUAAUCUGCCUAAUCUUUCAAAGAAGCAUGAUAUUUUUUGGCUUUACCCAACAUCUAGGCAAUUCAGAAAGCCGUAAAACUCUAGAACAAACAUUUAUCUUUCAAAUUGGCACUCUUGUUCCCCACGGAAUCAAUGAGGGCUUUUCAUUCAAUUAAUUUAUUCUUGUUUUCUCGUCGUUAUGUUCCCGCCAAUAGCGUAGCUCUAUUUUCUGCAUAAAAACACACACAACCCGCAACUCCUCUAUUCACUCUGACGAACGGGCAAACGCUCGAAACGUCAGCUUUGAAACUCUUAACGGUGGCCAAUUUGCGUUAUCAAGUCAGUUGAUAAUACCAAAUUACACUUCUACAUAUAUCGAUUAAUUCUGAGCGAAUUUUUGUAUGCAUUGUCAACAGUAAACACGCUCUUCAUUGCAGGAUUUUGCGCUGUAGCAGAGCCACUUAGAAUGUUUUGCAUCGUGUGCCGUCGUCAAACGAAGUCUCCACCUUCAGUCUCUCAGCUCACUUCCCCGAAAGUCAGCCGCUGCGCUUCGUCUUCACCAGGUACUCCUCUUGGGCCUGCUGUAUCCAUUUUAAGACCGGCAUCUUUAGAUUUUAAAGUGCGACACAGAUCAAAAAUUGUAGUAUCCUCGCCUGGCGAUAGUUCUAGACACUUGCAUCCUCGUCACAUCGCCAAACGGUCCUUGUCGUUUUCAUACAGUCCAGCUAAGCAUGGAAGAAAGAGCCUACAAAGAACUAAAAGAACUUUGAGGAGUGCCAGUAUCUCUGGUACCGUCGCUUUUCAGGGAGACAUCACAAUGUUAUCAGACUUUUCUAACGAUAAUAUCAUGUCAACGAGUAAAGAAGAGAGUUUUAAUAAUCAAUCGUGUAUGCCAGAAGUAGAUUCAAAGGGAAAUGAAGCAAACGUCGUGAAAGGUUUACCAUCAUGUUCGAAUUUUACUACAUGUUCAGCGAAAUCUCUGAAAGGGCGGACUUGUAAUAGUCUAGACGUAGAGCAUCUUGAGAGUAGUUCGGAGUUGCCAGCGGUCUCAUGUGUAUCCUUUGAUACCGCGAAGAGUUCCAAGCCUGAAUUACCUGCACUAGACCUUUCUCUUUUGAGGACUUUUAAAAGGUCUUGUAACGUUUCGACGAAUACUCAAAACAACAAUUUAGAAUCAGUACACCAGUCAAACGGUUCGACAGAGAGGCAAUCCUCAAAAAAGUUAUGGAACGUCGAGUACCGACUCCAAAAUGACUCUUUUGCCAGACAAAGCCAGGAACAAUCUAAAACUGAGACUAUGAAAUACCAGGACGUUUUUACAAGUGAUUUACAAGUCGACUCAGAAUAUAAACGGCCCCACACACCAACAACAAGUACAAAUUUCUAUCCUUUUUGGCCUGAAUCACCGCUGGUGUUGUUUUCCGAUCGGGAAAGGAUUCCAUUUCUCUCUGAUACACCUGUGAAAACACUUCAAGCCGAGGAUAUCAUAGAAGCCAUUUCGGAGAUUCCGAAAGAGGAUUUAAGUGUGAAUCUGCCAAAGCCAAGCGUUGAAUCAUUUGGAGCAGCCUUCGUAGUUCAGACGCGAAGAGAAAAUGCUGAUUCCACUUCAAUGAAUUCAGUGGGAAGGCCCUUCAUUACAUACGAAGGUGAAUGUCAUACCAAAUCGAACCUUUGUUUGGAGAAUUGGAACUUGAAUUCAUCAUUCUUGAAUGACAAAGCUAACUUGCACAGGUUGAGGGAAGCAGAAUCACGAGAAGGAUUCUUGAAACCCCAGAAAACAAUGCACAUUGAAACCGCAGGUUUCGGUAUUAUUGAAGCUUCCUCCGAGCUCGUCAACUUGGAAGGCGAGAACGACUUGAAGAAAAGAGAAACCCGUGUAGAAAUCCCGCACCCGCACGAUGAUAAUCAAGUUAACCAGCCAACGGAGGUAAAUCUUAUUUGCCCUUCUAAUGAGGAGCCUAUGGAGAAUGCAUUUAAGGAGACAAAGACUACAGAUAUCUCUAAGGUGCACAAUGUCCUUCAUACUAUCGAUGCAGAAGUGCUUGAGUCUCCACAGUUAUCAUCUUACCUUUUAUCGCCAAGACAACCAGAGUACGUUAAGAAUGCUGCUAAUGAUAACUCACCACCUAUUGAAAGCCUCAAAUUACAUGAUACUGUUAAAAAACUCGUGCCGAAAGCGUUUUCAAGCUCUCUGAAUCCGACUGCAGGAGCAGACUGCAUUUCAAAACUGAUUGUUACACCGACUUCAGAGAGACCGUCGUCUAUUAUCAUUGGUCCUAGGAGCCCUUGCAAAAACGUCACUGGAAAUGAGAAUACUAAUACAACUGAGGAGCGGUGUUGUGUGUUUACCACUGACUUAGGACAGCUAUGUACCAGGGUAGCCUCCGAAAAUGGCACCAGGCAAGUUUCAACUGAAGUAUUAACUAAGAUUGUGGAUAAUUUUCAUGGUUUUGAUACUAAUCAAUUAGCGGCAAGGGGAAAAGAUAUUUGUUUAGACGGAGAAAAUUGUUUUGAAAGUGGUAAUCCGGGGAGAUCUGGAAUAAUCAGAGAAGAACGUUUGGAGGAAGUAGUAGCAAAAAUUCCGAAAGAAAAUCCUGUAAAGAAAUUGUCAAGUAGGAAACGGCCAUACCUUCAUUUGCCACAACAACAUUCUGAAAACAUUGUUAGCAAAAAUCUUGCACUGAACCCCGACACGCGGGUGAAAUCUUGUAAACUUUCCGCGAGCCAAGUCAAACAACAGCAAAAUUCAUUUACAGACACGCCAAACUAUCCUGAAUUUUACGAUUUGAGUGUUCUAAUAGAGAGAGGAGGUGAAUAUUCCUCGGUGUCUCCAUCUAAGUCUUCAGUUUUAACCUCGACCGGAAAAGGUCAUGAAGCGCCAAUUAAUGACGUAGGAGUGGUAUUGUUAAAAGGUACCUCCUGUAGUAGAGGAGAGUGUGAUGUUCAGCCCUCCAAAAUGGAUGAAAAGAGUGACUGCAAGCCAUUAGCUGUUAGCUGCGUGGCUGAAGAAAAGGUUGAAGAUUUUCACGAAGACACGGGAGCACACCAAGGUGGUGUUAUUGAAACAUCUUUGGUUCACGAUUGGGGAUUACAAAGGGCUUCUAAAGGUCGGUCAAGUAAGUUAAGAAAGGACAGUUAUUCCUUGCAUUUUGAAGAAAAUAGAUCAGUGGAAGUUCGUGAUGUACAUUCUGAACUCGACAAACCGCAUGGCCACACUGAUAUCUGGUCAGAGAUUGAAAAUGAAUUUCCUGAACCAGUCACAGUCAUUUGUUCACCACCGAGUUCGGUAAAUACAUUCACAUUGAGAUAUCCAGGAAAAGUCGCUUCUGAGGGCGAUGUGGCUGAAGAAUUCGCCGACGAAAUUAUAACUACGAAAGAGGAAACUCUACUUUUGGAAAAAAGAUUACAAGGGGUGUUUGCUGAGCCGGUGGUCGUGAAUUGCUCCCAUGAUAAUUCGGGAUUAGUCGGGUCACCAGGCGCUAAAUGUCCAAACAAAACGGCCAGUUCAAAACGAAAUUUAACAUUGUCUGUUUCUGGAAAUGUAGAGCCUUUUGAGCAGGUGGUCUCCGUGGCCUCCGUUCCUCAAAAGUCAAAUGAGAAACUACAAACAAGUAAAUUACCAGAAAGUUAUGGAUUCGUUCUCGAAGGUUCUGAACUGUUUGUAGACUCGAGUCCUAGACAACCACGCUUUACAGAGACAGAGGAAUAUACAAUGCUUUGGCGAUCAAACAAAUGGUCAGAGACAGCAGCGUCUCAGAUUUUGAAAUCGUCAAAAGAAGGGGUUGCAAUCCAAUCAAAGAAAUCAGGGGUGCAUGAAAAUCAGGUAUCACGAAGACAGCCUGAUAACGAGUCAUCAGCAAGAGAAAACUGUCCUUUUAAGGACCUUCAUACGAAGUCAAGCUGUUUGAUGAAAGCCGUAGACAACAGUUCAUUGCAGACUGCUGGGGAUUGUUGGAACGAGGCAAAGGUUACGACUGCAACAGAAGCACAGCCAUUAAGGAAGCGAAGGCAGGAGGCACAGGGAGGAAGAGAAAUUGAAACUAAAAGUCGCCAGCGAAAAUUGGUAUGUUUAGCUCAAUUGAAAGGGAAAGAGGAAGGAACUGAAGCCGCAAUAGAAAGAGUGAAAAUAUUUCAACUCCCGAGUGAACUUCCAUGUUCAAAUCGAGGGCAGGAAAAUGAGGAACAAACCCCAACGUGUGGAUAUCGAGUUAAAACAGAAAAUUGCCUAGAUAAAUUAAAAUGUUCAGCACGACCUCAGGGAUACGACACACGUCAAAAAAAUGACGUAGAUUCUCUAAGAACAGAUAAUUGCAUGAGUAACCUGUAUUGCGCGAGGGAAAGGCACAGGAAAGAAAAACAAACUCAAGACUCCAUGGAGCGACUGCCACUCAAGCAAGCGAAGAACAGUAGGACACACGCAACAAAUGCAGAAAAAAAAGUGGAUUUGAUACGUUCAGGCAAAGCAUGCGUAACAUUAGAACGUAAGGCCCGGAUGGAAGCAAAAAACACGGCACAAGAGGAGAAGAAGAAAUUUGUAACCUUUGCUCCAACUCCGAUCAAGAAAAGCCAAGGAAAAGAUUUGAUUAAGGAGAGGAGGGAACAGAGAUCAAGUUUAACCUGUUCGUCAGGUCACCCAGACGUGAAAGCGGAUAGGCAUCCUGAAAACUUAGAGGAUAAACUGCGACCAAGCAUGAAUGAGUCACCCAAGGCUAAAGAAGUCUUAGGGCAAGAACCAGUGGCCCCCAGCGGUAUUCAAUCAGAAGCGUAUCCGAAAAACCCAAUUGCAAGUGACCUCAAGAAUUCACCUUUGAGAGAUGACAAACACUUUACAGCUACUUUGGAUGCAGUGAAAACAAGUGGGUCUGAUAGUCCAACAGAAGGGCGAAGCAGCAGCCAGAACGUACGCAGUGGAGAAAAAAGCACCUCAGACCCCGCUGGAAUAAAAGAAAUCGGUUUUAAGUGGGGUGACCGGAAUGCUUUUACGGCGAGGCAUCUAAAACAGGAUAAGAUCACCAACCCUAAAAAAUCAGUGAACGCUACCAUAAGUCAGCAGGACUUCUCGAAAAAGCUUGAAAAAAAUGUUCAAGUUGAUAUAAACAAGGAUCGUCGUUCUGAAAAAAGACGUGACAGAGAACCCCUUGGUGGGAUUAAGCCUUUGGGGGACUUCGACGAUGUUGAGAAAGAUACGCACGCCUGUAACAGGACGAUAAGUGGGGAGAGGGAAAAUGAACAAUUGAAGUCGAGUUCGACACCGCUACUGAGUAACACUGGAAGGCGCCGGAAUUUUGAACCAAAAGCUCCCAAUAAUGUUUUUGUGCCGAUCUUCUCUGAUGACAAACGUCUUAUCGCACACUACACUGAAAGUAGUCAUCGUGACCAUAAUCAAGGGCUGGAUACAAAUGACACCGUUUUGAGUCCUAAUAAUCAAGCGUACGCUUAUCCCCGUUGGGUUGCACCAAUACGACCUGGACAUUCCUCUUUGCAACACAAUGAGAUCAAAGGUCUGCCUCAAUUUAUUCCAAACGCUUCGAACCGGUACUCACAGAGAGGCAUUACAAAUCGGACCAGGUUUCAAUUAGUUUACCCCAGAUUUCCAAACUAUGGUAGACCUGUGUUUGUUCGUGGUAUGUGGCAGGCACGCCCUGUUCUUACAUUGCCCGGCCCCUGGCCGUCCCCAGGAAAUGCCUAUCGAGUACCUAACACCCCUAUUCGUCCGAGAUGA